AUGAAUAUAUUAAUCCUAGGAGCUGGUGGCUUAGGGUGUGAACUGUUGAAAAAUGUCUCUAUGAUGGUGAUCAGGCAAGAGAUUCAAGUAAACAAAAUCACUAUCAUAGACAUGGACACCAUAGAAUUAACAAAUCUAAACCGCCAAUUUAUGUUUACAGAUGAAGACAUUGGUCUGAAUAAAUCCGAAGUAGCAGCUAAAUAUAUAUCGAACAAAUUUAAAAAAAUGGUUAAUGUGGUCCCAAUAGUCCAAGAUUUAACUCUUUUAAACAAAGAAUUUUAUCAAGAUUUCCAGUUAAUAUUAUCUGGCUUGGAUUCCGUGGAAGCACGUAGAUAUGUUAACCAGAUAUGUGUCCAGAUUGCCUACGAGAGCCAAUUUAAUAGCAUCAUUCCGUUGAUUGAUGGCGGUCUAGAGAGUCUUAAGGGUCAUGUAAAGUUGAUUAUCCCCGGUGUGACUGCAUGUUGGGAAUGCUCAAUUUCUACAUUACCUACGCAGGGCACGACAGAAAACUCAACUGGACCAAAGAUCGGGAAUGUACCAUUAUGUACCAUUGCCACGAAUCCAAGAUCGAUUGAACAUGUUAUUGAACAUGUGUAUAUUAAAGCGUUGGAGAACAGUAAUAAAGAUAAAGACAAACAAAACUUCUAUUUACAUGAAAAUUGGGAUCAAGAUGAUAAUGUAAUUAAAAGACUGUUUCGUGAAUGUGAAGAACGUGCAAUCAGAUAUAAUAUUCCAAGGGACCAACUAACAAUACACCAUAUGUUAGGUAUAAUGAAAAGAAUUAUACCAAAUGUCUGUACUACAAAUGCAAUGAUUGCAGCAGAAUGUUGUAUGGAAUUGUAUAAGAUAUACAACGAUUUAAUAGAUUUUGAAGGUGAACCAAAAAACUUCUUAAUGAUGAAUGGAAAUAGAGGUCAAUUCUAUUAUAAAUUCACUUAUCAAAGGGACCCAAGAUGUCCAGUUUGUAAUAUUAUACCUUGA